GUGAAACCAAACAACAAAGCAAAACAGCCCACGAAUCAUUGGAUGACAAUGUUGUGUCUUAAAGCCGCACGUUCACGCACCGCCAAGCCAUUUUCCUUCCCUUUCUCGUCUCAGAACCACCAACUCAAGCCCUUCUUCCUCUCCUUCGAGCCUUACUCUGCAUCAUCCAAAUCCCAGAUCAAAAUGUCAUCAUCCACUCCAUCCCAGACAGUAGAACACAUAGUCCUCUUCAAAGUCAAAGAAAACACUGACCCCACUAAAAUCAACACCAUGAUUAAUUCCCUCAACCGUCUGAUCUCACUGGACUCCGUACUCCACCUAAACGCCGGUGCCCUCUACCGCACCAAAUCCUCACCUAUUCCCUUCACUCACAUGCUCCACAGCCGUUACUCCUCUAAAGAAAACCUCUCCGCUUAUGCUGUUCACCCUAGCCAUGUCAGCGUGGUUAAAGAAUCGGUUCAGCCAAUCUGUGACGACGUCAUGGCCGUCGAUUGGGUAACAGAUGAUCUCAACGGUGGUGGUUCAUUGGUCCCACCUCCUGGGUCAGCGAUUAGGUUGUCAUUCCUUAAACUAAAAGAGGGUUUGGGGGAUGAAGUGAAAGAUGAGAUACUGGGGUUAAUUAAGGGGAUUAAAGGGCAAUAUGGUGGGAUUCAUCAAAUUAGCUGCGGUGAGAAUUUCUCAGCUAGAGCCAAGGGUUAUUCGAUUGCGUCGCUAGCUGUUUUUCCAGGAUUGAGUGAAUUGGAUUCCAAGGAAGAGCUUGUGAAUUUGGAGAAAGCCAAGUUCAGAGAUUAUCUGCAGAGCUUUAUUGUUCUUGAUUAUGUUGUGCAGCCGUCUACCUCUACUCUUUAAAGAUUUCUUUUUUUUCAAGCCCCUUUGGUUACUCUUUGAGAUAGAAGAGACAAAUACAGAAGGGAAGUAAAUGCAUUUGGUUGCCGAGACAAAGGACAGUUGUGGAGUGGAUCUAUAUCUUUUCUGUUCCGAGACCCUAUCUCAGGUAUUUGGAUUGUUUAUGUUCUGCUUGCUUUUGCUGAUCAUUUACUAUCAAUAAUUUAAACUUGAUAACCAAUGUAUUAAGAAAUGUUAAAAUGGCUAGUAGUUGAGUUGGUUUUGUAUA